AUGAGCAAAAUGAAGCGACACAUCGAUGAACCGAAUAUGAGCGAUACCACAAUCCUCAUGAAAUUAGAGGAUUUGAUUAACAUAGCAAUGGGACCGCCUGAGAAAAACAUCAUUAAUUACAAAAUGAUUCAAACAGUAUUGCACAUAUUAGCACGUCAAAUGCGUAUGUUGGAAACUCACGUGGAAGUUAGGAUCAGGGAGCAUUCCCCUAUUAGGGAGAAGACUAAAAAGAAGAGAGAGGAUUUUUCAACUGAAAGCUCUUCUUCUAAGAGUCCUAAAAGUAAAAGGGCGGGCGAUGCCAAGGAAGAGGGCAGGAGAAGAAGCGGAUCUAGAAGGGGUUCUCGUGAGAGAGGGAAGGAAAAAGUUUUGUCCCCGCAGGGAAAAGAAAUAAAAGAUCAAAUCGAAGGUAGUGCUCCUAAAGAUAAAGACGAAAAAGGCGUAAUGUCUAAAGAUAAGAAAGGAAAAGACUCAGAAGCGGAUAAGUCGGCUGCAAAAGAUGACAAAUUGGAUAAAAAAGAAAAGAAAAAGCACGAAAAAGCAAAAGAAACCGGGAAAAAAGUUGAGAAAGUAAUGGGUAAAGAUAAAGAGGACGAAAGUGACAAAAAAGACGAUUCUUCCAGCCCGAGAGAUCAUGCUAAAACUGGACAAGUUCCUUCCACUACCAGUAUUGAAGUUACAGAGGUGGAGAGAGACAAAGAAAAAGUAUUAUUAGUGGAAAGGGGACCUAUUUUCAGAAUUGAGUCCCGUCCGCGUGUCGGGAGUAUCGAAGUUGUGACAAUAACCCAGUUCGCGAGAUUGGAAGCCGAGGUUAAAGACUUGAGAGCUUUAGCGUCACCACUGCCAACGCCCACGAUUCCGGAUAAUGAAAAAAUUAAGACAGGAAUUAUAAAGGGUACAGCCUCACUCACGGAGAUGAUGAAGACUAUGCAGGUGUCGGCGAGAAUUCAAGCCGCGGAGCAAGCGGUUAGUCGAAUGGCAGACUUAUUAACGCAGCUGGCAUCAGCAGGAGCCAUCCCCCAGGAGCUGGUAAAAGCUAUUCGGGACAUGAAGGCGGAAGCGGACCGGGCGGCCGCCGCUGGUGAGUCGGCAGGCGGUCCUAGGAAAUCUGUAGCGAUAGAAUCUGCAGACAGUCCAGAGUCUACUGCGACGCAGCCGUCGAAGAUGACCGAUACCAGACCGAGCGUGGAUUCCAAGACGUCUGCGACUUCUGUCACGGCGCAGCCAGUCACUCGGAAGGAGAUGGACGAAAUGUUAGAAAGCCUCAAAGAAGAAUUAAUGAAAAACAUGCAUCACAUGUCGGCGAAGGCUGCUUCUUCGGCAGAUACAGCCGCUUACACUGCGAAGAACGUUGCUGACAAGCUGGGAACAGCGUUAGCGGUCAAUACUCGCCUGAACACACUGCAUUCGCUUGUGGCCGAUUAUUCCGAGCAACUAUCGGGAUUCGAUGCCGGAUUGACAACUCAGAUGCAGAGCUUCAAAGAGCAAAUUGUUCAGAUCGAUUCGGAUCUCAAGAACGGAUUGAAACUAAUGGAAAAGGCCAACAAUAGUGGCGAAACAGCCGCUAUAAUGGAACUGACUGAGCGCUACGAGGGUCUCGUCUCCGACUUGGAACAGACUACUAGUGCUCAUCAGGGUCUCACCCAUACACAAGCGCAGCUUGAAGAUCAACUGCAAAAAAUGCUGGAAUGCAUUGAAAUGCUACGCGAGCAGAAGGCUGAUCGCGAUGAGGUUGCGGACGGUCUUAGGGAUAAGGCGGAUAUCUCACGGCUUGCGGGCUUGUUGUCCGAGUUAGACUUCGCACAGGCCCGAUCUGAACUCGAACGGCGUUUGGAGCUCUGCCAUGAAAAGUUCAACAAGCAGGAAGCGGUUUGGAUGGGCGCCAUCAGUGACCUCACAUCGGUCAUGGAGAGUAAGGCGCAGUUGAUGCAGCUACUGUCCACCAAAGAUGAAGUCCAGCAGCGUCUCGAGGAGCUGCAGGAGAAGCUGCGUAAGCUGGCCGUUUUACUUGGAGACCCGAAGGCGGCGAUGUUGACUCGCAAGCUGUGCCGCGAUGCGACGUGCGGGGCGUGCAUGGCGCCCGCGCUCAUGGAGCUUGAGGACGCCAACUUCGGAGCGCCUCCCCCCCUGCCCGCUCUGCAUCCGGCCCCCGCCGCCCCCACCGACGACAUAUGCUUCGACGACUUUAAGCCUGAAGAUCACAAAGCCCGUCACAUUUGUCACCGCUGGGUCGGCGGCUCUCACACUCUGAUCUCGGGUGCCAGCACGAGGGGGACAGCGCCCCCCGUGGGCCUCAACGCGGCUCCCACCAAGAAAUACACCGGCUACGGAAUGGACGGACGUUUGUAUAUGCUGGAAGAAGAGUUACUGCCGUGCUUGGAGUGCAAUGCUUUGAAUAUAGAAAAGGAGGAUGCGACUUCUGUGCCCGGUCCCCGCGAGACUGGGGCUGGAGACCAAGGGAGCAACCCACUCUUAACAAUACAACCAAAAACAGUGGAAAUUUAAAAUUGAGUUUAUUUUUUUGGAUAUGUUCAAUAAAAACG